AUGGCAAUGGCAACGGCGGAGGAGGCUGCUGCUCUCGCUAGGCCCACGCCCUUGGGUGCCGCGGCGGCAGACGGGCGCCACAUCCGCCGCGUGGCGCUGGACCGGACCGGCGACAACAACGGCGGCAACGACGGCGACGACGACGCCGCUGUGGAGAGGCGCGUCGUCAAAAAGUUCGACCGCCACGUCUUGACGCUGCUGUUCGUGCUGUUCUUGCUGUCGUUUCUGGACCGAUCAAACAUCGGCAACGCCCGCAUCGCCGGCAUGCAGCGCCAGCUCAACCUGUCGGGCGACCAGUACGACUGGCUCCUGACCAUCUUCUACAUCGCCUACAUCCUGUUCGAGCCGCUCAUCGUGCUCUUUAAAAUGGUCCCCGCGCGGCGCUGGAUCGCCGUCCUCGUGGCCGGCUGGGGCGUGGCCGCCACCGCGCAGGCCGCCGCCCAGUCGUGGUCUGCCCUGAUGGCCUGCCGCUUCUUCCUGGCCGCCUUCGAGGCCGGCUUCGGCCCCGGAAUCGUCUACCUGCUGUCCUUCUACUACCUCCGGCGCGAGCUGGGCCUCCGCAUCGCCGUCUUCUUCUCCGCCGCGCCCCUGGCCACCUGCUUCGCCGGCGCGCUGGCCUACGCCGUCACCUCGGGCCGCGCCGCCCUCGCCGGCUGGCGCCUGCUGUUCCUGGUCGAGGGCGCCCCCGUGCUGGCCAUGGCCGUCGUGGCCUACCUGGCCAUGCCGGACGCCGCCCCGGACGCCUGGUUCCUGACCCCCCGCGAGCGCCGCGCCGCCCGCGCCCGCCAGGUCCGCCAGGUGGGCAAGGAGACGCGCGUCGGCCGCCUGGACUGGCGCGACGCCGUCGCCGCCUCCGCCGACCUCAAGCCCUGGCUGACCGCCCUCAUGUACUUUUCCUGCAACGUCUCCUACUCGUCCCUGCCGGUGUUUCUGCCCACCAUUCUGCACGACAUGGGCUUCUCCGGUCUCGAUGCGCAGGGGCUCUCCGCGCCCCCGUACUUUGUGGCCUUCCUCGUCACCAUCGCCACGACCAUCGUCGCCGACCGCACCCAGCAGCGCGGCCGCAUGGUGGCCGGCAUGGCGCUCGUCGGCGGCGCCGGGUACGUCGUGCUGGCGUCCGCCACCUCCACGGGCGCCCGCUACGCCGCCGUCUUCCUCGCCGCCGCGGGCGUCUUCCCCACCAUCGCCAACAUCCUGCCCUGGGUGCUCAACAACCAGGGCAGCGACGAGCGGCGCGGCGCCAGCAUCGUCAUCCUCAACCUCGUCGGGCAGUGCGGCCCGCUGCUCGGCACGCGCGUCUACCCGGAGCACGAGGGGCCUUACUACGUCAAGGGCCACGCCGUGUGCGCCGCCUUUAUGCUGCUGGUGGCGCUGCUGGCCGUCGCCCUUCGCGCGCGCCUGGCCCGCGAGAACAGGGAGCUGGAUGCGCGGUACGGCGACCCCGCCUCCCACGGGGACGAGGGCGUCGAGAACUACGGGCCCAGCUACAGGUAUGUUCUUUGA